GCAACGAAGUGUGGCUACUGCGGGUACAUUUUACGAGGUGGGUCGUGUGGAACGAUUUUGAACCACCACUGCUUCGAAACAUACGACGAAUAUGUCCAUGUUAUUAAAGUUGAUGACAAUGCCGUUGUCACUAUGAGAAAGAGACACGAAAGUGAAGAUCUUUUGCCGCAUUCAAAGGAAGGAGCUGCCCAGUCCACAUCUUUAUCGCCGUGUCCACUCAAUCAAGAUGAGUUGCUAAUUGAGUUAGUGCGGGUCCGAAAGGGUUUGUGGGACCAUUCAAUACCGCCCAGCGAGAGAACAAAAUUAAAAAAAGACGGUCUGUGGCAAGAGAUAAUGAAUAUAUUUGAUGGAUCCCUGUCUAUGGAAACAAUUAAACAAAAAUGGAAACACCUCCGAGAUUCUUACAUGAAGGCUCGGAAGAAAAUGCAGGGAUACGUGCGAAGCGGAUCGGGGGCGGAAGCUGGCCAUCCUGUAAAAAGCUCAUUCGCGCAUUAUGAAAAAAUGAGAUUUCUGGACGAUACCGUCAAAACAGCAUC